AUGUCUGGAACAGAGUUUUGUGAGCUCCAUGAAGCGGAGUACAUGGAGGUCCUCCUCCAUGUCUCGGUUCGUUGGCUAAGCCUUGAACGCUGUGUGACCAGGAUCCUGAGGCUUUAUGAACCUCUGGCCAGCUACUUCAAAUCUGCUGAUGAAAACCAGGCCAGGUUCAAGAGGCUUGUGCAGACGUUCACUGACCCCAUGACAGAAGUGUACCUGCUGUUCUUUCAAGCCACCGUUCCAACUUUCACUACUUUCAACUUGCUUCUUCAAAGAGAGCGGUCAUCAAUAUUUAUGUUGUAUGAUGAGAUGGAGAAAUUUGUACGCAAGCUUUGUUCAAAGUUCAUUGUUCCAGCAGCUCUGCAGGGCCUUGAGGAGCCUGGUGACAUUGCCUUUGGGGAGACGGCAAACCAUUUGCCAGGAAGAAAGUUGAACAUUGGGUUCACAACCAGGGCUAAACUCAACAGGCUACUUGACGAGGGUGACAUCACACCACAGCAGGUGGAUUCAUUCCAUGAAGCUGUAUUAUGUUUCCUGACAAACGCUGAGAGGGUGUUUUCAGUUGUGGGACUGAACAAAACCAAGACCAGAAACAGCCUAGCACUGGAUGGCACCCUGUCCUCAAUAAUGACCAUAAAGAUGGCCGACCUGGAGCCCUGUUUCAAAUGGGAGCCCCCCUCAGAUGUCCUCAAGGCUUCCAAGAAGGCCACAGGCCAGUAUAACCGUGCCCACAGAUCAUAG